AUGUGUUGGAAUCGUGACUCCGAACUAUCUGCAUUCAUGUCCAGAAUCGGUGAAAAAAUGGACAGAAACGAUAUUGAAGUUGUUUUGACCGACAAAUCGUAUACUUCAUACUGGUCUGCAAAGGGAAGUGAACCGAGUAACAGAAUACUUCAUGACAACUUUGAGCUCGCACUUGUAGGUCGUGAUGUCUCUCAAAAAUUUCUUCUCGUUUUUCUGCGCUCAGUAUAUCCCCAGUUUCCUGAAGAGUGGAUAUUGGAUAUUGUGCAGCACUUAACUUCAACUUCUGAACUCGCUUAUAUAGCUGCACACUUGGGAGUUAAAGAUAUAGUACUUUAUAGUGAUCAGACUGAUAAUUCAAGCAGUAGAAUUGUGUCAAAACCACCAGAGUUGGAUGUACUAGCUAAUGCAUUAAUGGCGCUAACUGGUGCAUUAGCAAAAGAUAAGUUGGAGAGAGCACACUUAUUUAUUCGGGAUUUUAUUGUGGCGAGACUAGGUGAUUUGGAUUUGACUGAAUUGGUUUCCAUUCCUGAACCGCUGACUCUUCUACAAGGCAUACUUAAAUCUGAAGGACGUGGACCACCUGAAACCAGGCUAAUUUACCAGUCAAGUAUGAAUACUGUUCUGGCUUGUUUUCAAGUUGGUAUCUAUAGUGAUCGUCAGCUUGUUGGAGAAGCUCCCGGUGAGACUGUAUUAAUCGCGGAAGAAGAAGCCCUCCGUCAGUCAAUAAGGAAUUUCUUCAAGCUAACGGAUAGUCUACCUUCUGUCCCAUUAGAUGGGGAUUUGAACUUUUUGGAUUUUGAAAAAUAUGAGAAACCUAAUAUUUCGCUUAAUUAUUAUUUAAAACUAGCUGCUAGUGACAGUGCUUGA